AGCUUCUGACACUGAGUGACUUUCUCAGAGGAGCACUUAGGAAGCCGUGGUGAUUUUCUUCCAAUGAGGCUCUCCAGUGACUGUCACACCAGUGACCCACUCACAAACCUACUGAACAGGUCACCUCACCACCUGGAAGACCAGGGAGUGAGAUCACCCAGUAGACAUGAUGAACAUCAAGGCCUUCACCUUGGUCUCUGCCGUGGAGCGGGAGCUGCUGAUGGGCGACAAAGAGCACAUCAGCAUUGAAUGUGUGGAGUGCUGUGGCAGGAAUCUCUACGUUGGCACCAAUGACUGCUUUAUUUACCACUUUCUGCUGGAGGAGAAGCCCAUGCCUGCAGGGACAGCUACCUUCAUUGCCACCAAACAGCUGCACAGACACCUGGGCUUCAAGAAACCCGUGAACGAGCUGUGUGCGGCCUCAGCUCUCAAUAGGCUAUUGGUGCUCUGUGACAACUCCAUAACCCUGGUUAAUAUGCUGAACCUGGAGCCCGUCCCCUCAGGAGCACGAAUCAAAGGGGCUACAGCAUUUGUAGUGAAUGAGAACCCUGUGAACGGGGACCCUUUCUGCGUGGAAGUGUGCAUCAUCUCCGUGAAACGCAGGACUGUCCAGAUGUUUCUGGUGUAUGAGGACCGAGUACAGAUUGUCAAGGAGGUGUCCACCCCAGAGCAGCCUCUUGCUGUGGCUGUGGAUGGCUACUUCUUGUGCCUGGCCCUGACCACACAGUACAUCAUCCUGAACUACAGCACAGGCCUUUCCCAAGACCUGUUUCCCUACUGCAGUGAGGAGAAGCCACCCAUUGUCAAGAGGAUAGGCAGACAGGAGUUCCUGCUGGCCGGCCCCGGAGGCUUGGGCAUGUUUGCCACUGUGGCCGGGAUUUCCCAGCGUGCUCCUGUGCACUGGUCAGAGAAUGUGAUUGGAGCAGCUGUUUGCUUCCCGUAUGUCAUAGCACUCGAUGAUGAAUUCAUCACAGUUCACAGCAUGCUGGAUCAGCAGCAGAAACAGACCCUGCCCUUUAAGGAAGGUCACAUCCUGCAGGACUUUGAAGGAAGAGUGAUUGUUGCCACUAGUAAAGGAGUUUACAUCUUGGUUCCAUUACCUCUGGAAAAACAAAUACAGGAUCUGUUAGCAAACCGGAGAGUGGAGGAGGCUUUGGUCUUGGCAAAAGGAGCCCGGAGGAACAUUCCAAAAGAGAAAUUUCAGGUAAUGUACAGGAGGAUUCUGCAGCAGGCAGGCUUCAUACAGUUUGCACAACUCCAGUUCCUGGAAGCCAAAGAGCUCUUCAGAAGCAGCCAGCUGGAUGUCCGGGAGCUGAUCUCUCUCUACCCCUUCCUGUUGCCCACCUCCUCCUCCUUCACCCGGUCUCACCCUCCUCUUCAUGAGUAUGCAGACCUGAACCAACUGACCCAAGGUGACCAGGAGAAGAUGGCCAAGUGCAAGCGCUUCCUCAUGAGCUACCUGAAUGAAGUCCGCAGCACAGAGGUAGCAAAUGGCUACAAGGAAGACAUUGAUACGGCCUUGCUCAAGCUGUAUGCAGAGGCCGACCAUGACAGCCUCCUGGACCUCUUGGUCACCGAGAACUUCUGCUUGCUGACAGACAGUGCUGCCUGGCUGGAAAAGCACAAAAAGUAUUUUGCACUAGGACUGCUUUAUCAUUAUAAUAAACAAGAUGCCUCUGCAGUUCAGUUGUGGGUGAACAUUGUGAAUGGGGAUAUCCAGGAUUCUACGCGCUCAGACCUGUACGAAUACAUCGUUGAUUUUCUUACCUACUGCGUAGACCAGGAGCUGGUGUGGACCCAUGCGGACUGGCUUUUGCAGAAAAGUGAGGAGAUUGGAGUUCAAGUUUUCACCAAGAGACCUUUGGAUGAGCAGCAACAGACCAGUUUUAAUCCAGAUGACAUUAUUAGUUGCCUUAAAAAAUAUCCUAAAGCCCUGGUUAAGUACCUGGAACAUCUUGUUAUGGACAGGAGAUUGCAGAGAGAAGAGUACCAUACCCACCUGGCCAUCCUUUACCUGGAAGAAGUGCUGCGGCAGAGGGAACUCACUGGAGGCAAGGACGGAGAAGCCACAGAGACGCAGGCCAAGCUCCGGAGGCUGCUCCAGAAGUCUGACUUGUACCGUGUCAACUUGUUGAAAGAGAAGAUCCAGGGUGCUGGCCUGCCCAUGGAAAGCGCCAUCCUCCAUGGAAAGCUGGGUGAGCAUGAGAAGGCCCUGCACAUCCUGGUGCAUGAGAUGGGGGACUUCUCUGCAGCUGAGGACUACUGCCUGUGGGGCUCCGAGGGCCAGGAUGCCGCCUGCCGUCAGCACCUUUUCCACACACUGCUUGCCAUGUACCUCUGCGCAGGCCCCACUGCCCAUGAGCUGACAGUGGCUGCUGUGGACUUGCUGAACCAUCACGCCAGGGAAUUUGAUGCGACCCAGGUCCUACAGCUGCUGCCUGACACCUGGUCGGUGCAGCUUCUCUGCCCCUUUCUCACAGGAGCUAUGAGGGACAGCAUCCAUGCCAGGAGGACCACACAGGUGGCUCUGGGCCUGGCCAAAUCAGAAAACCUGAUUUAUAUGUACGAUAAGAUGAAGCUGAAGGGAAGCGCAGUCCGGCUCUCAGAGAAGAAGCUUUGCCAGCUCUGCCAGAACCCUUUCGGUGAACCUGUGUUUGUCAGAUACCCAAACGGAGGUCUAGUGCACACCCACUGUGCUUCUAGCAGACACACAAGCCCCAGCUCACCCAGCCCUGGCACUCGGACUUGAAAAGCAGGGUUCCAGGCUGCAAAGGGGAUUCUGAGACCUUUUCCAAAUCUGCUUUGUGCCAGCCAGAACAAAAGGAAGGCAUCUGGGUGCCAGGGAAAUGCCAUCCCUGGGAAACAAGGCACCUCACUGCUGAUUGUUCUUUGUGUGAAUGUAAAUGGAAAAGGCCUGAAACCCCGACGAUAGUGGCAGGCCAGAGUCCACCUGCCCAGAAGGUUACAGUCAUCCAAAGCACAAGCCAACUUUGAAAAGCAGGCAGUAUAGCCUGGGUGAGCCAGACACAGGUAGGACCUGGAAAUGUGGCUCAGGCUAGUGUCCAGAGUGCAAAGGCCUGAGCUGGGUACCUGGCCUUUUGCCAGAGGUGUGCCCUUUGCAUGGGCUCCACAUCUGCCCUUGAAGUGGACAGAGUUUCUGUUCUUCCCACCCCGCUGUCAACCUCUGAAGCCUCUGCCUUGUUUACUCAGGCACUCACUUGGUGUAAAGUCCUGUGUUUCUGGCUCCCUAGCACAUGAUCUGCUUAGAAACAGAGAAAGCUUGAAGCAGGCAGGAUAGUGAAAUGAUUUAGUGGGCAAAGGCUCUUGCCACCCAGCCUAAUGACCCAGAACCACCCGCACCUGCACUCUCACGCAUAUACAGAGGGGGGGAGGGAACAGGGAGAGAGAAAGGCAGAGAGAGAGAGAGAAAGGUCUGAGUAGGAAGCUGCUUCACCUGUCCUGAAGACUGCAGCAGAAGGGAUACAUGUGUGCGAGGGCCCAGACACAGGUUCCUUUUCAUUCUCUUCUUGACAGGGAACACCUUGAUGGGCACACAGAACUAAACAUUUUUAUUUGAAUUCAUAUCAUCUUUGUAGUUUUCUCUCAUUUAGAAUUUUGUCAUUCAUUGCACACAUCUCUUUCCUCAUUAAUAUGUACCUCCUACUGAAUACAUGGGCGAUUCAAAGGGAAAUGUGAUGAUAAACUGAUGAGCCUUCCAGGAGAGGUUGACCUUGGCCUCGGCCCUGUAGCAGGCAGCCAGCAAAGCUGCUGUCCCUGUUCUUUUGCAGGUGUCUCUGUAGGAUCUGAGGAGGACAGGCUAUCUUAUCUGCCAGCACUCCCAUGCCUUCCCUGGGCUUUUCUGAGCCCUCAAAGGAAGGUCUCAUCUGUGACCAGCUGGACUUGGUGUGUCUGUGUCAUGUCACUCACAAGGGCAGCUCUUGCCAUUUCACUGCCCUCUUUCAAGUCACCCAGCCUUCUCUGGGAUGCUGGUUCUUCGAGAACCUCAGAGCAGACAGCACAGCCUCUGUGGUGAUGCUUGGAGAAGCAUCAUCUCCUGGGCUGAUGGGAUGACCCUAGAAUACACCUUCUCCCAUCUGCCAGUCCCUCCCUCACUGUUCGUUUUUCAUAAAAUAAUUUCUGAACUUAUAAUGAUCAGUGUAUUUCUUUCCUUUUGGGAUUGUGAGUAAGCCAGGAAGUGAGAGCAUCUCUGAGUGUUCAGGGGACCGACACCCUUUUCCCUACAUGUGUUGAGUGUCUGAGAAUACAUGAUGAAGUCUCCUUGCAGCUCCACUGUGUCCUAAGGAAGACUGAGAACAUUCUUCUCACUACAUGUCAUUACAACCUAUGAACUGGCAUUUUAAUUCCCAAAGAACCAGUUGCCCUCUGAGCAGUGUCAAACCUGAAAGCGCUGUUCUUGCACAAAAUGGUUACAGUCUAGAAAGGGCUUAUGACUGCUCCCUCCUAACCUGGGGACUCUAGGCUCUUCUCUGAGUAUUGGCUGAUAACGUUGAGUAGCCCAGCUCCCACCAAAUCCUUUAAUGCAAACAGUUCUACAAGGUAGAGUGUCACCUAAGAUAUUACAGUCUGUAACUUCUCGACCUUCCUCACACUCUCCCAAGGGCCUUUCUGCAAUGUCAGCCCUGCUCCUGUGUGGCAAGAUGACAGCUGGCCCUGUGCAGCUCCCUUCAGGUGCUGUGCAGCUGUCCUGGUUGGAGCAGCGUGGACUGAGCUUUCACAUUCAUAUCUGGUGGGCAGGACUUUUAAUGUGGGGAACUGUUUAUCUGCUACCAGGUGUUAGUGUAGGCCUGUCACCUAGGCUGUGGCCGCUGGGUAUGAGCCCAGUGGGGAGAGACUCUGUGAGCCAUGCCUGACACUCCUGGAACACAGAGAAGUGGGUGCUGGGUCACGCGGUCACAUGGCGCCUGUUGUACAGCUGGGGCAGCCUUGCUUUCUGCUUGCUCUCCCAUAGGAACCUCUGUCCUCAGCUUCCUUUGCCUCUUAAUGAGUCCCAAAUCCACAAAAUGUACAAAUGUAAACUUGUUGAUUUUAUUAAAAUUCUUCUAAUUCUU